GUGACGAGGGGCGACGGCACCUGAGACCCUUGUCACCUCACAGGAUCAGAUGCCAAACGGAGGUGCCCCGAGCACGACGCAUUCCGGUGCGGCGCGCCUCCGCGGCACGACGGGAGGCCGAGUCCGAAAAGAUCCCCAGCGAGCCUCAGGAGCCGUUCCGAACUGCGGUCGUCAUUCGAAGAGUCUUAGUUCCGUCAAAGCCACGGACCGAUCAGAACCAGAUCUUUGAGGCUACGCCGCCGACCACGGAGACCAGCCUAGCUGAGCAUGCAGAUCUUGUUGAGGAUCCUAGCGCGCUGAAGUCGCUCGACUCUCGACCGACUUCGCCAAAGGAGGAGGCAGAUGCACGGCCCUCGGACAAGGAGACCGCCUCUGGUCCCUCUGGGCCUAGCUCAGAGCGAUCAGACCGUGUCGACCCAAAUCCGCUAGGUGAGGCCCAGUCGGUGACACCUGAGGAUGGUUCGGGACCGGCGAACGUGGCUCCGGCUCAGAUGUCAAGAUUCAGCCAAUUUCCAGCCGAAUCCACCCAUCCCAGCCUGAUUUUUCGGUGCCCCGGGGCACCCACGGGGCGCCCACGCCAUCCUCCUAUGGCCGCCGCCAUGGCCGGCGGCGCUGCGGCAGCGGCACUGCGGCUGGGGCCCCGGAGCCGGGAGCUGGCGGUGCUGGAGCUGGCGGAACUGGAGAAAGGUGUCGUCAACACAGCCGCUCCAAGCGAUGAUGGCCCCCCCAUUGUGGAAACGGAUCUAGCUCUGCAGGACGUCUCUUCAGACGAAGAAUUCUACAAACGGAGCAAGGCGUGGUUCAACCUCUUGCCAUUGCGGAAGAACUUCUUCCUGGAAGCAAAACGUCCCUGCGUGAUUUGCCUCACUGAGAAGGAGCACACGCUGGUGCCACCACAUGCACCUCCUAGAAAUGCACCCAAUGUGCCGUCUGAAGCCGUUGAAGAUCAUCGUUUCUGCACCGAUUGUUGGGAGGACUUUCUGCGGCACCGGACUUCGACGACGAGCAGCAUGACCUGCCCCGUGUGUCGUGGAGAGAUCAUCAUCCCGGAGGUGUGGACGCAACGCUUGCAGUUGCCACAGCGCUGGUCGCAGGAGGAGGCGCCAGCCAGCGCUUUGCUGCCAAUGCCAGUGGUCACUGUGCCCCGCUACGAGCGGAGUCGAUGGCUGUUCAGGCCAGUGGAAGCUUCCUUGUGGGCCUGGCAGCGCAUGGGCAGCUGCUUGGGUCGGGGACAGGAGAUUUCUCUCCUCUACGAGGAACUAGAUCCCCGCACCGCGCGGCGGCGCUGGUGGCGCGGCUAUGCGGGUUUACUUGGCGCUGCCUUGCUCUUGCUGGUCAUUGGCCUUGCCAUGCUGCUUUGGAUGCUUUGGCUUCGGAACCGGCAACUCCCGGCACCACAGGCACCGGCGCCACCGUCGAAUCUGUCGCUGCCGGGUGAGCCCAUCGCCUUUGACGAGCAGGGUGUGCCCAUCAUUGUCAGAUCCGUGGAGUUGGGGCAAUCGCGUCAUUAUGUCUUGAACGAAGACGGCAAGUGGCACACCUUCGGGGACCGCACGGUCGACUCGUUGAUGAAAUCCGGGGAAGACACUGCCAGGGAAUGGCUGGGUGCACUGAGUCAUCGCGAUGUGCGUGGCUUAGUGCAUGAGCUCGGGCAACGCUUGCUGAAGAGCUCGCAACUCUACCAGAAGCAGCAGGGAGUGUUGGAGUUUAUUUGUGACAUGGCGGACUACGCCUUCUUCGGUUUGACAUCCCAAUGCAGCGAAAGGGAACUGGACAAUGCCUACCGGAAAAUGGCCAAGAAGAUGCAUCCGGAUAAGACCCUUGGAACGGAUCGAUGGCAUGAUGGAAUAAGCCAAGGGCAGCCAAGGUUUAGGGUUUGUGCGAAGGAAGUGUGA